GAGGAAUAGGGGAGGAGAGGGGGUAUGCAAAUGAAGAGCCCAGAGAAGAAACGUCGCAAGUCAAACACUCAGGGGCCGUCCUACUCUCACCUCUCGGAGUUCGCCCCGCCUCCAACCCCGAUGGUGGACCACCUGGUGGCUUCAAAUCCCUUUGAUGAUGACUUCGGCGCUCCGAAAGUCAGCGCCGCUGCCUCUCCGUUCAUGAAUAACCCCGGCCCCUUCGGCAGCUACCGCAUGCAAGGAGGAAUGCCGCACCAGGUACCCCCAGGAUAUCCUGGAGGGCCACAGCAAAUAAGACGCCAACAUCCGCCCUACCCACCCAACCAAAUGGGCCCCGGGUUUGGCAUGCCUCAGAACCCCAACUAUGUCCAGCCUGGAAACAUGAACUUCUCCAACCAGCCGUUUCAGCAAGGCAUGGGACAGGGCUUCAGCCCCCAGGGUGGGCAGAUGAUGCAGGGGCCAGUUGGGGGUUUUGGCCCUAUGAUGUCCCCCACCAUGGGUCAGCCUCCCCGUGGGGAAAUUGGGCCAGGUCCUGUAUUAAACUCUCCCGGUGGUCCACCUUUCUCUCAGAGGUUCGGCUCACCUGGUCACCCCUUCGGACAGCCAUCAAUUCAGAGGCCAAGCCUUCCUCCCAAUGCCAGCCCGUUUUCCGGGGCUGAUCAAAACUUCCCUCCAGGGGUAGAGGACCACGGUAAGAACUUAAACCCUCCCAGCAACACCUUCAAUCAAGAGCAGCACGUCGGCUCGCCGUCGGCUGUCAAUGGCAACCAGCGAGCCUUCACCCCUAACAGUGCCCCGCGUGGGAACAGCAGCACGCCGGAAGUCAACAACAUCCCCCCACCCAGCAAACCGAGCGGGAACUCUGGGCACCAGCCCCCUCCAGGACUUGUCUAUCCUUGCGGAGCAUGCCGCAACGAGGUCAACGAUGACCAGGACGCCAUAUUGUGCGAAGCCUCUUGUCAGAAGUGGUUCCACCGUGAGUGCACGGGGAUGACCGAAAGUGCCUACAGUCUGCUGACGCGAGAGGCCUCCGCUGUGUGGGCAUGCGAUUACUGCCUGAAGACCAAGGACAUUCAGUCGGUGUACAUCCGCGAGCCCAUGGGGCAGCUGGUGGCCGCCAAUGACGGGUGAAGGGAUGUCAUGGGCCCACGAUCUAGCUAUUCAGAGCUUUAAUGACAGUGGGAAGGGACGUGGCUCGGACGUUCCUCACCUUUUAAGCCGGUCUGGGAGGAACAUAAAGUCGUUUUGUGUCACUAAGAGUCUGUGUCCACCACUUAGACAGGGAGGGGGGUCAAUAUAAAAACCUGCAUCCGUCACCGCUGGUGCCCACCCCUCCCAGAGUCUGCCAUGGGCUCUU